UCUCUGCGACUAAUUACGUAGCGUGAACGGCAUCGGAACUAGCUCUAGUUUUAGUUUUAGUUUUUUUCUCCCUUUUUAUCUACAACCUAGCAAGUGGCUAUGUCGGCUCUAGACUCUCCGUAUUAUCUUCUAUCGUAGCACGUUUCAACAUAGUUAUAUGUUCCAUACAGGUGUUGAUUAUCUAUCCUCCCUUAAUAUCUGUUGCUCCUGGUCUUUUAUCAAGAACUAGAGUCAAGAGUCUCUAGCUCUCUUCUCCUUAUCUUACCUUUUCCCUAGUUACUAUAAUCUAUCUUUGCCUUAGUUGUAUUCCGAGACAAUGGCGAACCCUCCCCAUGGCGGCAUCCUCAAGGACCUUAUUGCCAGAGACUUUCCUAGACAAGCUCAGCUCGAGGCCGAAGCUGAAACUCUCCCUGCCAUUACCCUGACCGAGAGACAGCUCUGUGACCUUGAAUUGAUCCUCAAUGGCGGCUUCUCACCUCUAGAAGGUUUCAUGAACGAGGCCGACUAUAAUGGUGUCGUAAAGGAGAAUAGGCUAGCCGACGGCAUUCUGUUCAGCAUGCCCAUCACUCUGGACCUGUCUGGCGAAACUAUCAAGGAAGUUGGUCUAAAACCAGGUGUCCGAGUGACGCUACGCGAUCUUCGCGACGACAGGAGUUUGGCCAUUCUCACCGUGGACGAUAUCUACAAGCCAGACAAGGUCCUCGAAGCUAAAGAAGUUUUCGGAAGCGAUGAUGAAGCGCAUCCCGCUGUUAAAUAUCUCUUCAGAACUGCUGCCGAUUUCUACGUCGGUGGUAAGGUAGAAGCUGUCAACCGUCUACAGCACUACGACUUUGUAGACCUCCGAUACACUCCGGCUGAGCUCCGAUUACACUUUGACAAGCUUGGUUGGAGCCGUGUUGUUGCUUUCCAGACAAGGAACCCUAUGCACCGUGCUCACCGAGAGCUGACAGUUCGUGCUGCUCGUUCGCAUCACGCAAAUGUGCUCAUUCACCCGGUGGUUGGCUUGACAAAACCCGGAGAUAUUGACCACUUCACACGAGUGCGAGUCUACAAGGCUCUCUUGCCAAGAUACCCUAAUGGCAUGGCGGUCUUAGGUCUCCUCCCGUUGGCUAUGCGAAUGGGUGGCCCCCGCGAAGCUAUCUGGCACGCCAUUAUCCGCAAGAAUCACGGAGCAACUCACUUCAUCGUUGGUCGUGACCACGCCGGUCCCGGAAAGAACAGCCAAGGCGUUGAUUUCUAUGGACCUUACGAUGCCCAGUACGCGGUUGAGAAAUACCGCGACGAACUUGGCAUUGAGGUUGUACCCUUCCAAAUGAUGACAUACUUACCCGACAAGGACGAGUACGCGCCUAUCGACGAAAUCCCAAAGGAUACCCGCACAUUGAACAUCUCCGGUACAGAACUGCGCUCACGACUGAGGAGCGGCCGAGAUAUCCCCGAGUGGUUCUCAUAUCCUGAGGUCGUUAAAGUACUGCGCGAGUCGCAUCCUCCACGUGCUGCUCAGGGGUUUACUGUCUUCUUAACCGGUUACACAAACAGCGGCAAGGACCAGAUCGCGAGAGCUCUUCAGGUCACCCUAAACCAGCAGGGCGGUCGAUCAGUGUCUAUGCUGCUUGGUGAGACUGUGCGCCACGAGCUGUCGUCUGAACUGGGUUUCAGUAGAGAAGACCGCAGCACCAACAUUGCUCGUAUCGCGUUCGUCGCUGGCGAGUUGACUAGGUCUGGUGCUGCUGUCAUCGCUGCCCCUAUUGCGCCCUUUGACAAGGACCGAGCAGCUGCGAAGGAAGCCGUUGAGAAAUACGGUGACUUUUACCUUGUCCACGUCGCUACUCCUCUUGAGUACUGCGAGAAGACGGACAAGCGAGGCAUCUAUGCUAAGGCUCGUGCUGGUGAGAUUAAGGGUUUCACGGGUGUUGAUGACCCAUAUGAGGCUCCCUCUAAGGCCGAUUUAGUAGUAGAUGCCGAGAAGCAGACAGUGCGAUCCAUCGUGCACCAGAUCGUCCUGAUGCUAGAGAGUCGUGGUUUACUAGAUCGCCUAUAAAUGAGAUAAGUUUAUAUGGAUUUUUCUAGGCUCUUAAAAGGACAUUUAUGAGGGAAUAAAGGAAGACCCGGAUAGACUUACGAUUAACGUACCAGGUCAUAUAUUACGAAUAUUUAUGAGAUCUAAAACAUAUACAUAUAUAUACAUAGAACCGUACACUACCGAUGAGGGUGUAAACGGCACUCGGGUUAACUCCACUCGAGUUUGGAGAAAUCCUUGAGCACUACUUAAAGCAAACAAAUAAAUAGAUUUUGCUAUGACGAUCUCCGAUCAGGAUGUUACCUGUUAAUGUUAUGCCAGAUCUCUCUAU